UGUUAGGACGUGCUGAGUGUUUUGAGUGCAUGUGCGUUCAUUUCCUCCGCGUGUUUCAGGGAAUGGCUACACACGGACGAAGCCGCUCCGCUGGUGGUUCCGCCCCGMAUGGAGAGGAGCGUCGAGGGACGACGUCGUCACCGACAAGGGAAACGAGUCGGGGAGGUGGCGGUGGGGAGGAAGACCGAAGGGCUCAAAACUUGUGGUGCGACUACAGCAAACGUGUCUGGUAUUUGGACUGGGCGAGCCAGGACAGCUCCGACCCAUUGAAACCACCGUGCGGGCCGCUCUUGUUCCUCGCCGUUCGCGCCGAUAGGACGCGUCUCGCAGGGUCCAUCCUCGAGUGGGUUGACGAAGGCGAAUACAAUUUCAAGUUUACGUUGCGGAAGCUUUACAGAAGUGAUGGUUCCGUCGACGACAUCGCAAAAGGAUGCAAGGCUGCCGGGAGGAUGUUCGGAGGGUAUGGCCAGCGUGCGAUGUCUUUGCCGUCCUUUGUCSCGCUAGCGCUGGGGCACGACGAGGCCGUUCACGUGACAAACUUCGUCGAGGUUUGGGCGAGAUCAGGUACCUCUGUCAGUGCCGUGGACGUCGGACUUGGGACAUCGAUCAGUGGUCCUGUUGGGUUCGCGGGGGGAGAGUGCUCUGAAAGGAGAAUGGGAGGUCAGGGUGGCCUGCCAGCUACGCCUCCUSAUCAAGAGGUGGGCAUGUCAGACGACUCGGAGGGCGACCAUCCGCGUGCUCCUUUGAAACCGGCCUUGCAGGGAUCUCGCCUCCAAGGUUUGCUUGGGGAGUCGACGCCACGUGGAGGCGGCGUUGGCGAACGGUUGCAACAGGGCUCAGAAUCGACGACUCCUCGUCGUCUGGUCGAAAGGAUCGGUGCGUUCGUUCGUGGCAUGCAGGUGGCCGAGGUUUCGCCUGGCGAUCGCGCGGGUGGUUCGCAGGUUCGAGAGUUUAACGUCGACCCAUUGAGUGCCAUAGAUCAUAGGGAGGCGCUGGGAAAACUAGGGCAUCAGCUACGCUCCCACACUUGCGUGCUCGACUUGUGCGGAACUGUGGACCGUGCGCAAUGGGACUCUUGGGCAUUCACGUCUCUAAGUGAGUUGCUGGGCUUCGUUUGUCAGGACUACUGGACAUUGGUCGUAUUGGUUCCCUGCCUGUGGAACCUCUCCUUCAUGACAUCUUUGUCUGCGCUUGGGGCUACCCGAUGCUACACUGGGAAGUGGGUUCGGAAGACGACAUCAAAGAAGACGCAUCAGUUCGGAAACAUCGUCUGGGAGAAGCCGGAUGUGAUGCACAUCCUUUUCAAAGGCGAGGAUCCGCGGCUACUGACUCUCCCGGUGUACGAGGGAACUGUUGCCGAAGACGAUGCCGCCACUCUCCGGAGGAAACAGAAAGUGACACCCACGGAUGUGGAGGAGAAGUCUUUCAAGUUCUUGACUUUCGCAGACAUCGGGAACCUCAGCCAGAGGGGGGCUGUGUACAAGGACGGCGAGCGGAAUCCUAAUCAGUUAUGCAAUYAGCUUCUUUUCUUCUGUGGUGUGGCGGAUGCCGUGUUGUUCUUGGGCAAGCCGCACGCGCAGGUCGUGUGGAGUCUGCUUCAGCAGGGAAGGCACGUCUUGGCUGUGGAUGGGGACACAACGCAGCUUGAAUACACCGUGCAGUAUGUCACCCAUGAAGUGUCGUCCGGGGCUUAUGCAUGCGAUUUCCACCAUGUCGUGGUCAAGCCCGUUUAUGACCCGAACAGGGACAUGUUCUUCAAGUUGACUCCGAAGAAAAGGCGCCAGGUCUACUCCUUCCUUUAGUACCUUUACGGCGAACAACCAAGGUUGAGAUUUGACCACCACUACAUGGUGCGGAAGGAAGUCGCCAUUGC